CUCCAGUGAAGUGGAGAAGAAGAAGGUUCCGCUACGCGUCCAGACGGUCGUAUGUGGUCUUCUAUGAUGGAGGAGCAGAAACAGGAGCUGAACUGAAGAAAUUGGAAGUCUUCCUCUACUUCUAGUGCCUGCUUCCCUACAUAGCUCAAGUUUCUCUCUACAAGCACAUCAGGACAUUCCACCGAGAGGAAUGUUAAGCUGCUGAAAGAGAUCAAGCAUGUUGUCCAGAAUAAGCUCCAGUACUCAGCAAACAUCUGGUGCUCUCCAUGUGAACACACCUCACAGUCAAUUGAAGAGAUGCAGAAGCAAGGAGAAGACUCACCACUGCUCAGAGUGUGGGAAGAGUUUUGCUCAACACAGUCAUCUUCAACAACACCAGCUCGUUCACACGGGAGAGAGGCCGUAUCGCUGCUCAGAGUGCGGGAAGAGUUACGGCCGGCUCAGUACUCUCCAUCAGCACCAGCGCAUUCACAGAGGCGAGAAGCCGUACCCCUGCCCGGUAUGUGGGAAACACUUUAGAGACAGAGGCACUUUCCUGAAGCACCAGAUCAUCCACACAGGAGAGAAGCCGUACGAGUGCCCAGAGUGCGGGAAGUGUUUCACUCAGCAGAUCACUCUCCAAAGACACCUGCGCAUUCACACAGGGGAGAGGCCGUAUCUCUGCUCGGAGUGUGGAAAGAGUUUUAAUCAGCAGAGUAGUCUCCAGCAGCACCAACGCAUUCACACCGGAGAGAAGCCGUAUCACUGUCCGGAGUGUGGAAAGUGUUUUAGAGAUGCAGGUGUUCUCACAACACACCAGCGCAUUCACACAGGAGAGAAGCCGUAUCACUGUCCGGAGUGCGGGAAGAAGUUCAAUCAGCAGACUCAUCUUAGUCGACACCAACUCAUUCAUAUGGGAGUGAAACCGUAUUGCUGCUCGGACUGUGGAAAAAGUUUUACCAGACAGAAUACCCUCCAACGGCACCAGAGCAUCCACACCGGAGAGGAGUUGUAUUACUGAAAAAGAGUGGUCUGUCCUAAUAGUCCUGAAAAUUGGGUAAAAGGUGCGGACAGGCAAAGGCCCCAUUUACACCUGAUCACUUCAUGCGACUAAUAUCUGGAUUGUAUGCUGAUAAGAUUUUCACACUAGGUAGUUAAAUGCAUCUCCAGUUAGUCGGACUGAAAUCCAAGUGCUGUGUGGGAAGCGGCAACCAAUUAUCAGUUUAUCCAUUCAGCUUUUACUGUGCUAUGCUGGAGAUGUCAGUCGUCUGCAGUAUGUUUUGCACAGUAGUGUCUGUCCAUACUGCUGUUAAGCAUUUUGUUUCGUCCAGUCGCCCACCAUGAGCAUCCUCUAUGGUUAUCUUUGCUGCAGACACGGACCUCAUGCCCAAUGACGUACUGCGUGGAGAGGGGUUUUGGUAGUCAAAUGUGUCUUGGAGAGACGGAUGCGUGUACACUGCUAUAUUAUGUGGCUCAAAUUUGUCAUAGACCACAGCCUGAAGUGGUUUGAGCAAUUGGAUUUGUAUCUGAAAAUGCAAGUGUAGACACAUUCAUCUGGCUUGUCCUUAUCCAGAUAGAAUCCUGAUACUCGAGAUGCAUGAGGUGACCAGGUGUAAACAGGAUCACAGAUGAGGUUUGAGUGGAGAAUUCAUGGGUUUAUGCUGUAAGUCAUGAUGCACGUGACUAUUGCAUCUGAAUUUGUACAAAACAUUGAAAGUAAGUACAAAGCACAGUUUCCUUGUGACCCCAUGAGUUGAUGUAAAAACAGUUAAAAUAGCACUUUAAAAACUCAAAGUAGCUUUAGUGUUAGGAGACUAAAACAGGCUAAAAUAUGGUGCAUGCAGGCUGUUGCAAGCUGCCUUAUAAAGCGGGAAAUAAUCCUUUUAUUUGUCAGAGGCAUUCGGAGUUUCGCGGACCAUCUUAAAAAAGAGAGGUCUCCAAAUCCCCAAAAUUUACAUAGCACACCGUUAAGCAUUCAGCUGUUGAGUUUAACCAAAAAAUGUUUUAAUGCUCUGGACUCAAGUAUUUAUUUGUUGUUUUAAAAAAAGGCAUUAAUGCUUGAGUAGAAAGAAAUAAAACUACUGUCAUGCCAUAACCAGUGUAUUUAGUGUUAAACCAAAACUCAUUUGUGGUAUUGCACUCAUACCAUUUAGAAGUCAAAUAUAUAAUACUUUCUAAAAAUGGUUUCUAGAAGUCAAAUCUAAUACAAUAAGAAAAGGAGAGAGUGCUGUAGAUCACAAAAUGAGACUCCAUAGUAUGAGGAUUAGGAAACUUGCAAGUUAAACGUUUAAAAAAAAAAAA